AUGUCAUUAUUUAUUCAAAAUAUUUUAAUUUUAUUUACAACCAUUUUAUUUGCAAUUAUUUUGAAUAAUUCCAAUGUAUUUGGAAUGAGAAAACAAGGAGUAGCAAUUAGUGGAAGAUUUAUUUGUGGAAAUACUUCGGCAUUAAGUAAUUCUACAAAAGUUAGAAUUGUUGAUAUUGAUACAGGUCCCGAUCCAGACGAUACUUUGGAUGAAAAAUUUGUUGAUGCAACUGGGGCAUUUAAGUUAAAUGGAUAUACUAGAGAAUUAACUGAUAUAGACCCCGUUCUUUAUGUUUGGACACGAUGUUAUUCAUUGGAAGCUCCCUGCCACCGCAAAAUUAAAUUUUUAAUUCCCAAAAAAUUUAUUAUCGGAGAAGAACCUAAAUUAAAUGAAUGGCUUGAUAUUGGAAUAAUUAAUUUACAAUCAACUUUUGAAGAUGAAAAAAGAGAAUGUAUUUUUUAAAAGAAUAAAAGAAAUGAGAGAAAAAACAAAAAUAAAUUUUAAUUUUUUCUUUGUCAUAAAAAUAUUUGUAAAAAAUCUUUUUUUAAAUAAAAAUUAACAAAUUUUAUAUUCUCUUCCAAAAGGUAAUUUCAAGCAAUCUUCUAGUUCAGGCAAAUUUUCAUUUUCCAAAUCUUCAUUUUUUAAUUUAUAACGUUCCAAAAAUUUAUUUUCUUUUUCAUUAUCUUCAUUUA